AUGUCUCGUUUUUGUCCCGCUCGACUCCUUAAGGCAGCUAUGAUCGCGUUUCUCCCUCACUUUCUGCAUCUCGUCAUUGGCACAUCUGCAAAGAAACUGGUGCAGAGCUCCAUAACAGCGCUACUUUUGCCUACACCCAAUAUGAAAUUUUUGUGCUAUUCACUGUUUAUUCAUUUCUUGUGGGUUGCGUCAAUAGCAUCGUCCUACACACCGACUGGAUUUUAUGUGGACAACGAGAACGCUCAAUCUAUCCCAUUACCUGUUAAUCAGAAAGGUGGUGCUCGUCUGAAACUGAAAAUUCUGGAACUUCUUGGGAUUGAGAUGCCUGGUCGCACAUCUGCUGGUGUUAAGGAUGAACUGGCAUCUCGUUUCAUGGCUGAGUUGUAUCGGAAUCUCGAAAGUAAUGUGGAGUUGAGUCCUGCUUACAAGUAUCUUGCAAGUGGCCAAUCAAUUUCUGCAGCCGAACGGAAAGCAAUCGAACUCGGUGAAGCGGAUACAAUCGUCUCGUUUCUUCCGCGUAAAGGUGUUCCAGACGUGGAUUCUGGUACGCGAUUAGCGUUCGAUUUGAAUGUCGUUCCAAGUGGAAGUCGUCUGUUGCAUGCCGAAUUACGAAUCUCAUUCAAUAGCUCCAGAAAACCGGCCAGAUUGACGGCGUAUAUACCGUCCAAUCGGAAGUCCGAACACAUCGGUUCAGCUGAAUGGCUGACCAGUGGCAGUGGCCACUUUGUACUUAAUAUUACCGAAGCGCUAAAUCAGUGGAUUCACAACCCUGCAUAUGAUCCAGCUCUAAUUCUAUUUGCCGUUUCUCCAUAUGGGAACAUCGAGUCGUUGGACAGUUAUGGCGUAUGGCAUAGUUUCGCAAUUGCAUCGUUCAUGGAACGGAAUGGCCAGGUUCGCGAUCGAAUCAAACGUGAUGCAGUCGGCACCUCGGCGACUUCGGCAUUCGACGAUUACAGUUACGGAUUCUCGACUCGACAGGAUCCACUGAGACAGUCCGCUUACAAGAAGGGAUGCCGACGGCGAACACUUUAUGUGGAUUUCAAGGAUCUUAAUUGGCAGGAUUGGGUGAUAGCGCCAGAUGGUUAUCACGCGUAUUAUUGCGAUGGUUACUGCUCAUUCCCGCUGAAUAAUCACAUGAACGCAACCAAUCACGCUAUCGUACAAACACUUGUGCAUCUCAUCGAUCCGACCAGGACCUCUGAAGCAAAGUGUGCACCGUCUGCGUUACGUUCAAUGAAAAUUCUCUUCAUCGAUAAUUCACAAAACGUGGUCUUGAAAAGAUAUCAAGAUAUGCAAGUUCGAGAGUGUGGAUGUCAGUAA